AUGUUGGUCACAAGGAAAUUUUCCAAUAUUUUAACACCGAGGACUAUUAAUUCGAGCGUGAGAUCGUUCCAAGUGUGCGUGAUGGGCGGCGCGAGCGAGAUCGGGCAAGCCGUCAGCCUGAUGUUGCGCACCGAGCCCGCCGUCAGCAGGCUGGUGAUCCACGACACGUGGGAGACGGCGCCGGGGGUCGUCAUAGAGCUCUCGCACAUUCCCGCCAACUCCACACUGAAGGGCUACGUGGGAGAGGCGACGAUGAAGCGAGCGCUGGACGGCAGCGACUUGGUACUUUUAGUCGGAGGCCCGCUCAAGACUCCCGGCGUGUCCGACAAAGCGUGUCUGGACGCCAACACGGAAUUCGUAAAAACGGUAUCGGCAGAGAUCGGCAGACUGCCUAAAAUGCCAUUCGUGGGAGUCGUCGCCGAGCCGAUCAACUCGCUCGUGCCGAUGGCCGCGGAAUUAAUGAGAAACGUAGGCACGUUCGACGGCAGGAAACUGUUCGGCGUCACUACGAUAGAUUGGAUCAGAGCCCAGACGCUGUUCGGGACGCACCACGGCAUGCCACCCGAGGAUUGCUUCGUGCCCGUCAUCUGCGGGCACUCCGAUAAAACCACCGUGCCUCUCGUUUCGCAGGCCAGACCGGGAACGAAUAUGACGGAUACGGAGAUACAGAAGUUUGUAAGUCAAGUACGAAGGUACGAUGAGAUCGUGACGCUCGCGAAGCACGGCAGGUCGCCGUCGGUGUCGGUGGCGCACGGCGUGCACGUGUUCGCGCGCGCGGCGCUGGCGGCGCUGGGCGGCCGGGACGCGCACGUGCACGCUUACAUCGAGAACAACGACUUGGGAACAUCAUACUUUUCCGGUUUAGUGCAAAUCGAUUCGAACGGUGUGAAAGAGAUGACGAGAUAUACCGACGAUAUCUCCGAAUACGAGUGUCAGAUACUAGAAGAAGCUCUGGCUCAAUUGAGGAAAGAUGUCGCUAUGGGGAAGAAAAUAUUAGAAGUGGAUUGA